GUUGCCUCAUUUCUGAAGUGAGGCUGGGAAGAGAAGAUGAACAGUUCCUUGGAUUACCUAGCCUAUCCUGUAAUUGUCUCUAAUCACAGGCAGAGCACAGCCUUCAGGAAGAAACUGGACUUUGGCAACUAUAUAUCUCACAAGAAUAGGAUAGAAAUAGUGAAACCUGCUGUUGAUACCAAACCUCCGGUGGCGCACACACAUCACAUUUUAAAACUGAGCAAAAUACAGGGUGAACAAAAGAGGAUCGACAAAAUCGAGUAUGAAAACAAGCAACUGUGUCAGAAAAUUGCCAACGCCCAUCGCGGCCCUGCCCAGGUGGACUGCUGGAACGAAUAUUUUUCCAAGAGCUUAAACAGAGAAACAAGGAACCGGGACCUGAUGAGAAUCACCAUGGAAAACCAGGGCAUUCUGAAGAGGCUCAGCGAUCGCAAACCCCACUAUGACCGCAGGUCAUCCGAGAUGGACUGGGAGAAUUCAAGACGUUACAUCAGAAAUACAACAAGGUAUCUUCUCUCCCGAGAUGAAUAG